AUGUUUUGAGGGCAAUGAAUUUCGUUUGAUAAGUAGUAUGAUUACCUAAUUUACAUUUUACCGAAAAUUGGUGCUAUAUCUUCAUGAAUUACUCAGUGUGCAAUUACUUGGAAGACAGUUAUGAAAAAAGUGUCUGAUUAUUUUAACUAUGGGCGUUGAAUAAUUCGUACAGAACUUCCCAAUGUGUGAACAGGGCUUGGUGUAUACAGGUUAUAAAUGGAAUCUAUCGACAAUGGCGUCGUGAAGAUAGAACAGACAUGUUUUAUUACUGAAGACACUUCCAGUCCUUUGUCUCCCUCGUGUUUUUCGAACCUGACGGCAGACGAAGAUGACAGCAAUGUGGACGUGGAUAAGUUGAUCGCUGCAGUGCAAAUUCGACCCUGCCUGUGGAACAAAUAUGAUCCAAAUUUCCAGAACCGCGCAGUGAGAACAAAAUUAUGGGAGCAGAUUUUCGUAGAGAUAUAUCCACAUUGGGCAACGUUCAGUGGUACAGACAAAAAACUCAAGGGAGGCGAACUUCAAAAGAAAUGGAGAAACCUCAGGGAUUCUUUCUUCAGAGAACUAACCAUGAGAAGAAAAUAUGCGUCAGGUCUUGUCAAGAAAAAAAAAAGACCUUACAUUCAUGGCGAAGCACUUUCGUUUUUGGCCUCGCAACAAUCUUCGAGAAAACCUAUUAGAAGAAUUGCCUCGACAACCGCCGUCAACAGAAUCAAACCCACCGUUGUCAAUACCAGAAUACAAAGAACCGCCAAUUCCGAAGAGUACACCAAUCCAUCUGAUGAAGAAGACAGUACUGGGAAGAAGUCGGAUACUAAAAGAAUCGAGGACCAUUUUCGAAGAAAAUCAAGAAUGAACCAUAGAGAAUUUGACGGAGCAUGUUCCAAAUUCGUCGAGAGAAAAUACGACGAAGACGUUUCUUUUUGCGAGAUGCUCAUACCAAUGCUGAAAAAUCUGUCUAAACAACAGAAACAUUUCGCUAGAAUUGAGAUUCUCAACGUGCUCAAUAUAGCAAAUAACAUGGACUCAUAGGAGCCGUGAAUGGCGGUAAACUCGGGAAAUCUACAUUCACGCUCAAAAUCUGUGUCCAUGAUUUUGGCGAUAAGUGCGCGGGUGGAAUUAAUAGGUCGUCUGAAACAUUAUGCCUGAGUUUCCAGGUGAAUAUAAAAAACGAAAGAAAAAGUUAGUAGUCUAUGGUCGAAAGUCGAUAUCUUCUUUUUGACGUAAUCGAUCGAGCAAGAACAAUGGUGCCAUCUACAUCAGAAGGCAAAUUCUUACGCGAUCUCACAAUUUCAAUAGCAAAGAUCAAUACUUCAAUAUCGCGUCAUAAAGCAUGAAUUCAUGGACUUUGUCUGAUAAUUCUAUCGCAAUAAAAUGGUUAUACCUAACUAUGAAAACUUCAUUAUAGUAUUUAUCACAGGAGUAGUUACAAACUAUGAAGACGGUUGAUUCUGUUGAUUAUAAUUGCUUCUUCUUCUUUCAACUUAUUAUCUUGUAUCCUCAAAAUUUUUCCGAUUUUAUAGGUUAGAAAUCGA